AUGCACUGGACCCGUCCCGGCUCGGCACUGCUGCUGCCGCUGUGGCUGCUGAUGGUGUUGACAGUGAUGGUGGUGCCUCCGGUCUGCGGCCUGCGCUGCCUGCCCUGCUCUCACCCGGACAGUCCGCCGUGCACGGACGCCACCGAGGCGCAGUGCGCACCGCUGGGACGCCAGAAGCUACCCUGUGGCUGCUGCUUCGUCUGCAGGAACAACGCCGGCGAGCGGUGCGGUGGUUCCUGGGGUAUGUUUGGCCAGUGUGGCACCGGGAUGGCCUGCACCAACGGUAGGUGCCGUCUUCCGAAGCCCCAGCUGGUGCCAUUGAAGCCGUUGAAGCCAGACGUCUGUAAAGAAACGACGCCAGGCGCCACUGGAUCAACCUUUUCGUGCAUCGGCCGCGAGAACCUGCACUAA